CAUAGGGGUACUUUAAUGGACGCUUUGAUGCCAUGAAGAUUUCCAUCCAGAGCUUAGCGGGCGACAAUCUGCUUGAGACGGAUUUGCCGGAUGAUUGGACCUGGCAUGAUGUGAAGGUCCAGAUUGCUGCGAAGCACAAGAUCGAUGAGAGGCUUUGUGAGACCUGUGGGAACCUGCUGGAAGUGCUCCGCGUGCCUCCCAAGAUCGCGCAAGGCCCAAUCUUCCAGUCAGCGAAGCAGACGUUGCCGAUGCACUCCACGAUGUCGGCGAAGGUCUUCAGUACUCCAGUGCCACCACCGAGCUUCACAGUGCGAGGUGGACUCAGCACCGAAGGCAUCAAAGGCUCCGUGCCGCGUGCAGAGGUGGUGACCCAGCCGUGUCAGGCCGGCCCUCCGGUCCUACCCGACGAGCCAAUGGACUUGGCGAAAGCCCAUGCCAUGGCUCUUCGGAGCUUAGAACGCCUGGCUGCUCGGCGGGAGAUGAAUGCAAAGGAGGGCGAAGCUGGGGACCAGACUUGUGAGUCUGGUCAUUCUCCCACUCGGGUCGAGGCUGUGGUGGAGGAAGCUGCAGCACCAUCCAUCAGGUCGAGCGAUCAGCUCGAUGCGUUUCCUGGAGCUCAACGAGCUGCCGGAGCCGAAGGCGAAGCCGAAGGCUCUGUGGGCAGAUGGGAAGGGCUUGAAGCGCAGGAGCUCAGUGGAGAUGGCUUGCUGGGUGGUUUAGACAUCUUGACAACUCCGGUGGCGCCACUUCAGACGUUUUCGCUGGGCCACAGCGGCCACAGCGGCCACGGCAGCGCUCGUGGCCCGCCCCGGGAUCCUUUGCGCCACAUCAGCGACGAUGCGCGGGAGUGGUAUGGUGGCAGCAGUGGUAGUGCCACUCCAAAGCCAGAUCUCUCGACCAAGCUCGAGAAAGAGGCCGACACGUCAAGCGCAGAGGAGGUUCCGUUUGUGGAACGUUCGCCGUCCAAGCUCGAGGACGAGGCCUCUGCACCGGCUGUGCUGGCUGCACCAGCUGCACUGGCUACGCCUGGUCAACCUCUGGCAGCGACAGUUGCGCAAGCUGUUUCAGCACGAGCAUGUGAGGGCAAGAGCCCCUCCUUCACACACUCGCCACACACGGGCUCUGAAAUCAGGCCUCGUGAAACUCAAGUGGAUUUGACCGACUCCAAGCAGAUGCAGGCAGCUCCACAAGAAGAGGCCAAGCUGCCCACGCUCGCUCUUUCCGUGGCCGAAACCUCUCCGGUGCCCGAAACGCCGCUCGUUCCAGAUCCACUUCGAGAGGCCGAGGCAACGCCUGCCAAGCCUAAAAAUUUAGCUGCCAAGGAGGACAUGCGGCCUUCCGAUCCAAUCGCUCAGGCUGGCAGCCCAGAUGGGAGCUUUACCUUUGGUGUAGGCAGCAGCCCUCCAGAGGUGCCCAACUCCCAACCGCCAGCUGAGAAGGUGGUUCAGGACGAGGCCAGUGCCUUGCCUCUCCGACCCGUCCAACCUCCGCCUGCGGCAACCUCGACGGCGACCUCGAUGGCUUCAGAGGGGCAACCUUCCAACGAGAAGCCAGUGAGCCAGGAACUGCCACCUGUAGGCACGCAGAGUAGUGCUCAAAAGGACCUGAAAAUGAUGAGUGAUUUGGGGCUGGAAGAAGGCUCUGAGGAUCCCUCUCCACAGGAUGCGAAGGACAAGGAGGAGAGUCCAAGCAGUCCUUCACUGGGACCUGUGGCCUUGUCAAUUGGAAAGCAGGUGCCGAAGCGGAGCAAUCCAUUGGCACGGAGCCGAGGUAGCGGCCUCUUUCAGGCUGGUGGUGACUUCGACGGGCCUGGCCUAUCUCGAGGUUUGGGUGGCCUCAGCCAGGUCUCUUCUUUGUCCAAGACGAAAGCCAAGCCAAAGUCUUCAUCGCUCUUCGGGGGGCCGAUCGAUUGGAAUCAGAAGACUUUCGCUGAGCAAAA